AUGGCUGAUAUCACUCCCGCCGUUUCAAUACAAAGGGGUGUUAAGUUUACGAUUUCUCGGCUAAUGGCCACAUCUAUCUAUCUAUCUAUCUAUCUAUCUAUCUAUCUAUCUAUCUAUCUAUCUAUCUAUGUGCAACACUUCUCUUUCUCCUCGAUGUCUUGCCCUUUGGCCUUUUUUCCCCUUCUCUUUGCUUCUUCCCCUUGCUCGAAGUUUUCUCUUCGUUUGUUGUUUCGGUUUUCUUUUCUCGUUGUAGCUUUAUUCUUACCACAAAUGAAACGAGAGGAAUCAGAGGAAGACGACCACCUCCCGACGCAUCCAUACAUAGGAUCUCGGCAAGAGCGAAAUUGUUCCUCUAUUCUCUCUUCCUUUUUUGUGAUUGCUUACAAAACUCCAGUGUGUCUUCGUCCUCUCUUGGCCGCCAUCUUUCUUUCUUUUCUUUUCCCGCCAUUUUCUCGCUCCGCCCACUCUACAUUUCCUGUUGUUCUUGUUGUUUAUGCUCGUCUAAUCGUCCAACGGAACAUAGCCUUUCUCAGAAGAAUAUACAAUAUCAUAGAUGAGCGGGCGUUUUGUAGUCGUAAUUUCCGCAUGGUUAAGUCUGUUGACACGGGUCUCCACAGCGUCCCACUAUCAUUCCAUAAUUCUGUCGGUGAAUGUCCCCAUUAUUAUUAUUAUUUGUUAUUUCUAAUUAGUACUUUGCUGCAGUUGUAUUUCUAUUUUCACUCUUUUUGUUCGACACCAUUUUAUUUACAUUCUGUAUUUUGCCUUCAGAGAUGUUAUCUUUCUUUUUAUUUUAUGGUAUCUAUCUAUCUAUCUAUCUAUCUAUCUAUCUAUCUAUCUAUCUAUCUAUCUAUCUAUCUCAAGCUCACAUUAUCUAUCUAUCUAUCUAUCUAUCUAUCUAUCUAUCUAUCUAUCUAUCUAUCUAUCUAUCUUUCUGAAGCUCCUGUUAUGUAUCUAUCUGAAGCUCACAUUAUCUAUCUAUCUAUCUAUCUAUCUAUCUAUCUAUCUAUCUAUCUAUCUAUCUAUCUCAUGCUCACAUUAUUUAUGUAUCUCAAGCUACUUUAUCUAUCUAUCUAUCUAUCUAUCUAUCUAUCUAUCUAUCUAUCUAUCUAUCUAUCUAUCUAUCUAUCUCAGUUUCUCCUCAUUUAUCUGGACGCCUUGUCUGGUACUAAUGUCCACGAAAUCAGCCACUUGCAAAGUUUUCCUUUCAUUCGUUUAAUGUAUUUUCUUCCUUUCUUUUUCUAUUUCCUUUCUUAUGUUUUAUGUAUUUUCUUUCUUUCUUUUUCUAUUUUGUUUCUUUUGUUUGAUGUAUUUUCUUUUUUUCUUUUUCUAUUUUCUUUCUUUCUUUUUUAUUUUCUUUCUUUCUUUUUCUAUUUCCUUUCUUUCGUUUUAUGUAUUUUCUUUUUUUCUUUUUCUAUUUCCUUUCUUUUGUUUUAUGUAUUUUCUUUCUUUCUUUUUCUAUUUUUUGUCUUUCGUUUUAUGUAUUUUCUUUCUGUCUUUCUUUUUCUAUUUUCUUUCUUUCGUUUUAUGUAUUUUCUUCCUUUCUUUUUCUAUUUUUUGUCUUUCGUUUUAUGUAUUUUCUUUCUUUCUUUUUCUAUUUUCUUUCUUUCGUUUUAUGUAUUUUCUUCCUUACUUUUUCUAUUUUCUUUCUAUUUAUGUAUUUUCUUUCUUUCUUUUUCUAUUUUCUUUCUUUCGUUUUAUGUAUUUUCUUUCUUUUCCUAUUUUCUUUCUUUCUUUUUCUAUUCUCUUUCUUUCUUUUUCUAUUUUCGUUGUUUCGUUUUAUGUAUUUUCUUUCUUUCUUUUUCUAUUUCCUUUCUUUCAUUUUAUGCAUUUUCUUUCUUUUUCUAUUUUCUUUGUUUCGUUUUAUGUAUUUUCUUUCUUUCAUUUUCUAUUUUCUUUCUUUCUUUUUCUAUUUUCUUUCUUUCGUUUUAUGCAUUUUCUUCCUUUCUUUUUUAUUUUCUUUCUUUCGUUUUAUGUAUUUUUUUUCAUUCUUUUUUUAUUUACUUUCUUUCGUUAUAUGUAUUUUCUUCCUUACUUUUUCUAUUUACUUUCUUUCGAUUUAUGUAUUUUCUUUCUUUCUUUUUCUAUUUUCUUUCUUUCGUUUUAUGUAUUCUCUUCCUUUCUUUGUCUAUUUAUUUUCUUUCGUUUUAUUUAUUGUUUUCCUUUUUUUUCUAUUUUCUUUCUUUCGUUUUAUGUAUUUUCUUUCUUUCUUUUUCUAUUUUCUUUCUUUCUUUUUCUAUUUUCUUUCUUUCGUUUUAUGUAUUUUCUUCCUUUCUUUUUUAUUUUCUUUUUUUCGUUUUAUGUAUUUUCUUUCUUUCUUUUUCUAUUUUCUUUCUUUCGUGUUAUGUAUUUUCUUUCUUUCUUUUUCUAUUUUCUUUCUUUCUUUUUCUAUUUUCUUUGCUACAUUUUAUGUAUUUUCUUUCUUUUUCCAUUUUCUUUCUUUUUCCAUUUUCUUUCUUUCGUUUUAUGUAUUUUCUUUCUUUCUUUUUCUAUUUUCUUUCUUUCGUUUUAUGUAUUUUCUUCCUUUCUUUUUUAUUUUCUUUCUUUCGUUUUAUAUAUUUUCUUUCUUGCUUUUUCUAUUUUCUUUCUUUCGUUUUAUGUAUUUUUUUCCUUUCUUUUUUAUUUUCUUUCUUUCUUUUUCUAUUUUCUUUCUUUCGUGUUAUGUAUUUUCUUUCUUUCUGUUUCUAUUUUCUUUCUUUCGUUUUAUGUAUUUUCUUUCUUUCUUUUUAUAUUUUCUUUCUUUCUUUUUCUAUUUUCAUUCUUUCUUUUUCUAUUUUCUUUGUUUCGUUUCAUCUAUUUUCUUUCUUUCUCUUUCUAUUUUUUUUCUUCCGUUUUAUGUAUUUUAUUUCUUUCAUUUUCUAUUUACUUUCUUUCGUUUUAUGUAUUUUCUUCCUUUCUUUUUCUAUUUUUGUGUUUCGUUUUAAGUAUUUUCUUUCUUUCGUUUUAUGUAUUUUCAUUCUUUCUUUUUCUAUUUUCUUUGUUUCUUUUAACUAUUUUCUUUGUUUCUUUUAA